AUGAAAAUAUCUAUCGUAACUGGUGCUGCAUCUGGAAUCGGAUUCGCACUUGCGAAGCACCUAAUAGCUCGUGGUUUUCGUGUUGUGUUGGCCGAUAUUGACGACCUGAAAGGCAAGAAAGCCCAAGAAGAUCUUGGCCCAGAUGCACUCUUCCUCCACUGCGAUGUCUCUGACUGGGAUUCGAGUGCAGCGAUGUUCAAGAAAGCCUAUGAAUGGGGUGGGCGGAUCGAUUUCUUUGCGGCCAAUGCUGGGAUUGAGGAGCGGGAGUCUGUGUAUUGGCUGCCAACUUCUGAGGAAGAGCUCAAAAGGCCCGAUCUUGGCACCAUUGAAGUAGAUCUCAAUUCGGUCUUCUUCGGGUUGCGUCUGUUCAGAUACUAUGCGCGCAAGAGCGCGACUGGCGACGGUGGUAGGAUGGUGGUUUCGUGCAGUAUGGCGGGAAUCUAUCCCAUGUAUCUGGCCCCUUCUUACAGCGCAGCAAAGCAUGCAAUAGUUGGGCUCGUCCGGUCUGUAGCGCCUAAAAUCCAUCGAGACGAGAACAUCACGCUCAAUGCCAUUGCUCCCGGGCCAGUGGACACUGGAAUCAACCCAAAUAUGCACUUGGUAGUGCCACCAGAACACAUGACGCCGAUGAAGACCGUUUUGGACGCGUUCGACAGGUUUCUCGAGGAGGAUGUCACUGGCCAGAUCGCUGAGUGUGCGAGCGAUGGCAUCUACAUGCGCAAACCAAUUGAAUUCGCAAAUGGCAGCGCAAAGUUCUUGAAUGAGGACAUGUUCAAUGAGGAGAAGUUCAUCCGAAAACCACGGUAA